AGAAGCAAAACGCAAAACCCUCGAACAAAAUCCCGAUUCUGUAAUCAAUUUUUAUCAGUGAUUCAAACUGCAGCCAAACAAUCUUCUGUUGAGACUCGCCUAGAACAAGCAUCGCAGCGUGGGGCUCCUUCAUCAGGCGUAUUCGUUCGACAGAAAGGCGCGCCAGAGACCAGGACGUCCUCCUCCGUUAUCAGAGAAACCCCUCCCGCCAUCCGAAAUUCUGAGCGAAAUCCGGUGUACACCUGGAAGAGUACAACGGCAGUGUCCCCAAAAAUUGCGGGAGUUACAUAACUGCCAAAGAUAGAACCGCACGCACGCAACGAGAUGGCAAGAACAAUCGCAGGCUCGCUUUAUCCACGGACUCCAGCUGGUGGGAACGUGAAUGUAUGCUGACGAGUUGAUAGAACCGGAGCUCCGAGACACACCCGCAUUGAAGGCUAGAGAUUAGGAUUCGCCGCUAUUUUAUCGAUUUCGCUUGUACACACCAACCAUUUGCCGUGGGAACGCGAGCUACUGUGAUGGCAAUCAUACGCACUACGGAAGAGGUGCAUCCCGCGGUACCAAACAGCAGCGGUACGGUCACGGUGCCGAUCUUCUGCUGGCGGGAGUUUUUCUGUGGCUGGGGAGCAGCCUUCGUCAAUAUUACCGUAACCUAUCCCAUCUACAAGAUGAUCUUUCGGCAGAUGCUACACGGUGUGAAGCUAACGCAGGCCUUUGGCCAGUUGCGCGGUGAAGGCAUGACCUUCCUAUACCGGGGCCUAUUCCCGCCAUUGGCACAGAAAACGAUCUCACUAUCGUUAAUGUUCGGUGUGUACGAUAGUACAAGGCGGCCGCUCGUCGAAUACUGUCACGUAAAUCGCUACAUAGCCAAAGCGGUAGCAGGUAUAGCGGCUGGUACCGUCGAAGCAAUGCUGAUGCCCUUCGAAAGGAUUCAAACACUGCUGGCAGAUGCUAACUAUCAUCAAAAGUAUCGCAAUACGCAUCAUGCCUUCAAGAUCAUUAUCCUGGAAAAUGGUCUUAAAGAACUGUACCGAGGUUUCGUACCCAUACUGUGGCGCAACGGACCCUCGAAUGCUAUGUUCUUCGUGCUUCGCGAAGAAGCAAGUAGUCGGCUACCGAAGCGAGUUUCCAUCGUUUCUCAGGGGACUCAGGAGUUCUUGGCUGGUGCAUGCAUCGGAGCAUUUAUCAGCACAGUGUUCUACCCUCUGAACGUGCUAAAGGUGACGAUGCAGUGCCGAGUCGGCGGACCUUAUGUUAACAUGUGGACCGCCAUGCAGCAGGUAUACAUUAGCCGCGAUCGGAAGCUGCGGAACGUCUACAAAGGCGUUAGCAUGAACGCUUCGCGUGCUUUUCUCAGCUGGGGCAUCAUGAACACAGCGUACGAACAGCUUAAGAAGGUGGUCUACUAAGUCGCAACGGAUGUGAUCCCAGCACCGCGUUCCGAAGGUUCGUGGUUCGCACUCAACACUAGUCGAUAGCAUUACAAUGCUAAUCUCCAUGUUGCCACUUCACCCACCUACCGUUCCGUUUUCACAUCUCGAUCCCAAUACCACUGGCAUGAGUUCCACAAUGAAUGUUCCCCAUUGUGCAUUUAAUGCAAAUUGCCAUUGCCUAGGCUCCUCUCUAUCAAACCUGGUCUUUUCAGUCGUUGUCGUGCGUCUCGUACGUUGAAGUAUUCUGUUUUUUGUGUGUGUUUUUUUUAAAUUCACAUGUCAUAAUGUAAAUAUUGAUAAACACAUUGUAAAUAUCUCGCGAAUCGAUGCAUAAACUGCACCAUCCAUGUGCAGUGACGUUGUUCAAUUUUAUUGAUGUAGUGUAGUAUUGGCUUAGGUAGAAGAAAUGCGUUAAGCUAAUGUAGCAAAUGAGAAAAGAUGAUGGGAAAGAUGGUUAGCUCAGAGCUGCAUCGCUGACGAAACCAAAUGGAACAGUCAAGUGGGUCUGUGCCGUUCAAUAAUGCGUGUAAAUUGUUGCUAGCUGUUUUGUUUGAAUGAUGCAAAAAAUGUGGCGGAAAGAGGAAAACGUUUAUCUAACAAAAGAAACACACUUUGAGUGUCUGAAUAAAUUGGCAAAAUGAAGCACAAAAUAUAAAUGUUGCGUUGUCGCUGUUUGUUCUGCUAUAAAUGUCCAUCUGCGUGUUUUCCGGUUUAGUUCGAACUGGUAAGGUUGUACUUCUCGUU